AUGGUUGAGACCAAGUUGUUUAUCAUCUCUCACGCUUGUGUUCAUACUUUGUUGCGUCAGCCGUCCUUUGGGUUCCUUCCAGCUUGUGGAGCUGCUGGCGGCAUCCUGCUGGCUUGGUCUCCACCCCUUGCGGGGGCUGUUGUGCAUGUCGGUAGGUACUCUAUCUCUGCUUCUCUCAGUGGACUCUGGCCAAAUGGGCCGGUCUUGGUUACUGCGGUCUAUGGCCCUUGCGUUGGGGCUUUGCGUGGACAGCUGUGGCAUGAGCUACAUCAGGUUCACCAGCUUAUAGCUUCACCUCCUUGGCUGCUGGCAGGAGACUUCAACUAUUUGCUUAGCCUUGCUGACUCAUACUCCCCAGUCACUUUUGGCCCGACUAUGUCUGCUUUUCGAUCGUUCGUUGAUGAGUUCGGUCUUUUUGACGUGCCUUCGACUAAUGGUACGUUUACUUGGUCCAACAAUAGGAACCCUCCAAUCCUCCGUAGGUUGGACCGUAUGUUCCUCUCACCUGAGUUGUUCUCUGCUUUUCCUUCGUCCUCCUUGGUUCUUGGUCCGAGGCACUUGUCUGAUCAUGCUCCACUGCUCAUUUCCCUUAUUCGGGGUAGGGCUGAUAUUGGGCACGCAAGAUUCUGUUUUGAGCUUUGGUGGCUCCGAGAUGAAUCCUUUGUGGCUACUGUCCCUAAUUGGUGGGCUCGUGCAGUCGAUGGAAGGUGGGCUGCUUUCAGGCUCUCGCAGAAGUUGCACUUCAUCAGGAGGGAGGCCCUCACCUGGAAGCGCAUUUUCUGGAGCGGCAAAUUUUCGGAGGUGGCCGUUUGGGAUGCGGAGAUCCUGUCCCUUCAAGCCUCUGACAAUAUUUCUGCGGAUCAGUCUUCUCGUCUUCUUUGUCUGCAGUGUCUUGCCCAGGAGUGGUGGAUUAGGGAGUCUAUCCUCUGGCAGCAGCGCUCUAGGCUAGGUUGGCUUGCGCAUGGGGACCAAAACUCUAAAUUCUUCCACUUGGCCGCUUCUCAAAGGCGCCGUCAGACGUUGCUCCAGUCCAUGAAUAUCGGGGGCAGGGUUUUUCUUGGCGAUGACAUCCUCCCGGCUCUGAGCACUCAUUUCCAGGAUUUCUACUCCAAACCUCUUCACUUCCGUGCCACGCUGCCGGAUUUUCACCUCUCCCCUCUCUCUGUCUGUUGUGCGAUCUCUCGAGCGGCCCUUCCUGCAUCAAGAGAUCAAGAACGCAGCGCGGAUGUGCUUGCGUUUUGUGAUGAGUUCACCUCCAAUUCCGUUUUCUUGAAGGAAUUCAAUCAAGCUACCUGCGUCUUGGUGCCUAAGCGCCCUAACCCUACGGACGUCAGCCACUUUCGCCCAAUCUCCAUCCUAGGCACACCUUACAAGAUUAUUGCUAAGUUGCUCUCUUUGCGGCUUGCGCCUGUCAUGCCUUCUAUCAUUAACCCCUUCCAGGUUGCUUUCGUCAAGGGUCGGCAUCUAAAGGACGCGGUUGUCCUAGCCAAUGAGGUUGUUCACUCCCUUCACUGUCUACGGCUUCCUUCAUUCAUCCUUAAGUUGGACAUCUCUAAGGCCUUUGACUCGAUUAGUUGGGAGUUCCUUUCUGACCUCCUCACUCGUCUUGCGUUUGGUCCAUCGUUUAGACAGUGGAUCAUGUCGCUUGUCACUAGGGCCCAGCUUGCGGUCUCCUUCAAUGGGAAGUGUGGCGAUUUCUUCCGUCUCGAGCGUGGCCUCCAUCAAGGUUGCCCUUUAUCGCCCUUGCUUUUCAACUUGAUUGCUGAGAGCUUUUCUGCGCUUUUCUAUCACGCAACGGUCGUUGGCUUCCUCACAGCUCAUUCGCUCUCCCACUUACAGACUUUCUCCACCCUUCAGUAUGUUGUCGAUUUUCUCUUGUUCGGCAGUGCAUCCCGCCAACAGAUUCUGCUCUCCUUUGUCAUUCUCUAUGUCAAGGCCCUAAACCUCGAGGGUGUCACUGGUCUCUAUAGAGGCUUUGUCAUGUCCCUCUUGGGGACCAUCCCUACCCCUGCCCUCUACAUGCUCACCCUAGAGAGCAACAAGAGCAACGUUGGAACUACCACAGUGCGGCUCGGAUUCUUGGAGCUGGCUGCGGUGGCUAUGGUCAAUGCAGAUGUAGUACUGAGUGCAAUGAUGACGAUGCAACUCAUGUGGAUGCCGAUAGACGUGCUGAGCCAACGAGACUGA